AUGAGUGGAGGAGUACAGAGAGGUACCGCGUUUGUUGGUAAGCCAUUGGUUUACUUCACCACAGUCUUCGUGUCGUUAGGUGUCUUUCUGUUUGGUUAUGACCAGGGCGUUAUGUCGGGCAUUAUUACUGGCCAGUACUUCAAUGAAACGUUUAACUAUCCCAGUCGAGCAAAACUGGGGACCAUGGUCGCGAUUUUGGAGGUGGGUGCAUUUAUAUCCUCAAUAGCCGUCGGAAGGGUCGGAGACCUGAUCGGUAGACGACGGACGAUCUCUUACGGUGCAUGCGUAUUCACAAUGGGCGGCUUGAUUCAAACCAUGUCUUCGGGCAUGGUCAGCAUGAUCAUCGGUCGCUUUACCGCGGGUAUCGGCGUUGGCCUUUUGUCGACUAUUGUUCCCAUAUACCAGUCAGAGAUUUCACCAGCGGAUCAUCGAGGAUCCCUAGCGUGCAUUGAGUUUACCGGAAACAUUAUCGGAUAUGCGAGCUCGGUCUGGAUAGACUAUUUUGCGUCGUUCAUCCCUAGCAAUAUGUCGUGGAGAUUGCCAUUGUUCAUGCAGUGUGUUAUGGGUUUUUUACUGGCUGUAGGGUCGCUGGCGAUUGUCGAAAGCCCUCGCUGGCUGCUUGACCGUGAUCACGACAUCGAGGGCCUAACUGUCUUGGCCAAUCUCCUUGCUAAAGGUGACACAGACAGCAAAGUUGCUAGAGAUGAGUUCCGCUCUAUCAAACAGGGGGUCUUGAAGCAAAGGAUCGAAGGGGAGAUGAGUUACGGAGAGAUGUGGCGGAGGUACAAGAAGCGAGUUCUCAUUGCUAUGAGUUCCCAAGCCUUUGCACAGCUCAACGGCAUUAACGUCAUUAGCUACUACGCGCCUCUCGUCUUUGAGCAGGCAGGCUGGGUCGGCAGGGACGCGCUUCUCAUGACGGGUAUCAACGGUUUGGUCUACGUCGCCUCCACGAUCCCGCCUUGGUACGCCAUCGAUUACCUGGGCCGGCGCUUCAUUCUCCUCUCGGGAGCUGUUGUCAUGUGCGUAGCUUUAUCGUCGAUAUCAUGCGUCAUGUACCUGGACAAAUGGUACACAGCCGAUCUCGUGGUGGCUCUGGUCAUCAUAUACAACGCCUCUUUUGGCGCGUCAUGGGGUCCUGUCCCUUGGUUGUAUCCGCCAGAAAUCUUGCCUUUGACUAUCCGUGCCAAGGGAGCUAGUUUGUCAACAGCGACAAACUGGGCAUUCAACUUCUUGGUAGGAGAGGGGACUCCAGUACUGCAGCAAGCAAUCAAGUGGAAGCUAUACCUCAUCCAUGCCGCUAGCUGUGCUGUGAGUUUUGCUGUGGUAUGGUUCUUUUACCCCGAGACAAAAGGUGUUGCGCUGGAAGAAAUGGACGUCCUGUUUGGAGAUACGGUACAGGAUGACGAGGAGACUACGUCUUUAGUGAGGAGCGGACGAUCCUCUAUGGACGUAACACCUGUUCGCGGUACACCAGAAACACCAAGUACUCCCAGCAGGGUUGGGACUCCCUCAGAUGAUCUCGCCCGAGGCUUCGUCGUCAAGAUGAAGAGCGGCAUGCAAAGGAUGGCAUUGAGUAGACAAAACUCUGAUUAUGAGAGGUUGGGCAACGGCGACCAGCAGUCAUGA